GUUUCAAUUUCAGUUUAGAGAACCCUUUUGGAGACUCCUAUUUUUGUGCUUCAUAAGCAAGUUAUCUCCCAGAGAGCUGGGAGAGGAAAGGAAAUUCCCAGGGCUGGCCAUUAUUUCUCAGAAGCAAGCACAGAUAAAUAAGGGUGCAAGGAGUUUGUCCUCUUGCGGAGUCCCAUUUGAAGCAGUGUUCUUUCCGGCUGUAGCUCCCACGCUUCAGUUUUUGUUAAGCAGACAAGUAACAUCGCAGACAUGGCCCCAGAGAUUCACAUGCCAGAACCCAUGUGCCUCAUUGAGAACACUGAAGAACACCUAGUGACUAACCAGGAAGCCCUGAAGAUCCUGUCCGCCAUCACACAGCCAGUGGUGGUGGUGGCCAUUGUGGGCCUUUACCGCACAGGCAAAUCCUACCUGAUGAACAAGCUGGCUGGGAAGGAGAAAGGCUUUUCUGUUGGAUCCACUGUGCAGUCUCACACCAAGGGGAUCUGGAUGUGGUGUGUGCCCCACCCCCAAAAGCCAGACCACACUUUGGUUCUGCUCGACACUGAAGGCCUGGGAGAUGUGGAGAAGGUUGAUGAAAAGAAUGAUACUCAGAUCUUCGCACUGGCAAUCCUCCUCAGCAGCACCUUUGUAUACAACACCAUGAACAAAAUCGACCAGGGGGCUAUCGACCUACUACACAAUGUAACAGAACUGACAGACCUGCUCCGGACAAGAAACUCCUCUGAUCCUACUAAAACUGAGGAACCUGCCGACACAAGCUACUUCCCAGACUUGGUGUGGACUCUGAGGGAUUUCUUCCUGAGCCUAGAAGCCAAUGGGCAAGCCAUCACAUCUGAUGAGUAUCUGGAGAAUUCGCUGAAGCUGAAGCAAGGCAGUGAUGAAAAAACCCACACAUUCAAUCUUCCGCGGCUGUGCAUACAGAAGUUUUUCCCAGGAAAGAAAUGCUUUGUUUUUGACUCCCCUGCUCGUGGACACAAGCUUUCCCAGCUUCAGACACUCAGCACCGAGGAGCUGAACCCUGAUUUUGUGCAGGACCUUUCUGAAUUCUGUUCUCACAUCUUCACCCAUUCUAAGACCAAGACUCUUCCAGGAGGCAUCCAGGUCAAUGGACCUCGUCUAGAAAGCCUGGUGCUGACUUACGUUGAUGCCAUCAACAGCGGGGCUCUGCCUUCCAUAGAGAACAUGGUGGUAACCUUGGCCCGGAAAGAGAAUUCAGCAGCAAUGCAAAAGGCCACUGUUCACUAUGAGCAGCAGAUGAGCCAGAGGGUGCAGCUGCCCACAGAGACCCUCCAGGAGCUGCUGGACCUGCACAGGACCUGUGAGAGAGAGGCCAUGGAAAUCUUCAGGAAGCAUUCUUUCAAGGAUGAGGACCAAUGUUUCCAGAAAGAAUUGGAGAACCUACUAAGUGCAAAGCAGGACGAGAUUUGUAAGAAGAAUGUGGAUGCUUCUGUAGCCCUCUGCUCAACCCUACUUCAGAGUAUUUUUAAGCCUCUGGAACAAGAAGUGGCACAGGGGGUCUAUGCUAAACCAGGAGGUCACAAUAUCUUCCUUCAGAGGAUGGACCAGCUGAAGGCACAGUACUGCCAGCAGCCAGGGAAGGGAACACAGGCUGAGGAAGCGCUGCAGACAUAUCUGAAGGCCAAAGAACCAGUGAGCAAUACGAUUCUACAAACAGACCAGGCUCUCACGGCCAAGGAGAGGCAGAGGAAAGAGGAACAAGCAAGAGCAGCAGCUGCCCGGGCUGAAGCACAGAGGUUGGAGGCUAUUCGCGUCCAGGAAGAGAAGAGGAGAGCAGAACAGGAGAGAAGGCAUCAGGAGGAACUGAGACAAAAAGAGAUUCAGAAAGCACAGUUUGAGGAACGGUGGCGGAAGGCCUUGGACCAGAAGGCCCAGGAAGAGGCUGUGAGAAUCAAGGCAGAGCAAGAAGCUCAACUCAGAGCACUUCAACAGCAGCUCCAACUCGUGAGGGAACAGACCCACCGCAGACAUCAUAAAGACUGUAUUAUAAGCUAAUACACCAAAACCUGGACCCUCCCCUUCUUACUGCUUUUCAUUGAAGACACAAAGGAGCAAGAGACUGAAGGACUUCAGACAACCAAUAGUUAAGAAGCCCCAGUGCCCCAUGCCUAACAGCCAUAUUUGUCUCAAGAUAUUUUAAGUUUCUCACUGGGGGGUCUUAAUCAAGUAGAACUUGGCCAAUACGUAUAGCUCACAUGGUAUCUCUUCUACUGGUGGGCAUAGGAAGAAGGUACCAAUGAGAAAUCAGAAACGAUUCAUGUUUCUCAACUGGGUAGAGGCCCCUAGUCCGUGGACGGUGGGCUCGUUCUUCAUCCUUUCCGUUUCUUUUUUGGGAGCCCAAACACAUUAUAGUCAACCUUGUCACAUGAUUAACUAUCACAUUACUCACACGAUUAACUAUCACGUUACUCACACAUGGAGGGAGAUGUGUUCUUCCCGAUUCUGCUGGGUCCACAUUAUAUCUUUUGUCACGUGAUUAGUGGUAAAGAAAGUCUCUUUAUCACUAAUGCUUUGAUUUCGAUACACAAAAUCACCUUUUGGCUCUGUCUGUUUCCAUAUUUCUUCCUUAAAGUCUAUUCCUGCCCAGGUAUAUUGCUCAUUUUCUACCAUAGUAAUUCUUAACCACAGUAGUUAAACUGAUUUUAAACCAUUUUGAUGAUUUAAAAUUUAACGUUUUUAAAUGAUUUUGCACUAUUCUCUGUUUCUGGGUCUAUUUGCUGUAUUUAUUUAAAAACAAAACAAAACCACCAACUGUGCUUGGUUUUUCUGUGUGUCUUAAAAUUCUUUUAAUUACAUGCUGUACAUUGUUGGUAACAUAAUUAAGAUUGAUAGAUUUACACUUGGAAUGUGCAUUUCCCUUUUACAUUGAGAUGUAUCUGGCAAGCAUUGGCUCAAUGUAGUUGUUCAGCUGAAAAUAGCCUUUGUUUGUUCUAAUAAAGUAGCCUUUGACUGUGUCUAUCCAGAAGACAAUGGGGGGGGGGAAGAGAGAGAGAAGAGAGAGAAAGAGAGGGAGAAAGAGAGAGAAUUGUCUGUUUAUGUUAGUCUUAUUUUGUUGUUCAAUUAAGUGCAAUAAAAAUAUAAAAUUCACUAAA